AUGUCACAACAGAGAGGCACUCCUCAAACCCCGGUGCAUGAGGAUUUGUCAGUUUCGGACGGAGACGCCCUCGUCAUAACCAUCGACUACAAAAGACCAGCUAGAGAGCAAAGUGAAAGAACUGGUUCCAGUUCUCUGCUUGAGCACCUCCCAGUAGUCUCGGGGUGCGAGUCCAUGGGCGUACAAAUCGCCCAAACAAAAAUAGACUAUGGAGAGGACACUGACCACGCAACCCAGCUUUUGACGAAGAUGAGAGGUAUCUUCGAUAAAUUCAAUAUUGAAGAGCUAGACGUUGAGUUGCACUUGCCUUGGUAUAAUCAUCGUCAACUUCAUGCUGCGGUUCCACUCGUUGACCUAGAAUUCUCGGAAUGGACGCUACAUUACAUCUCGGGAGUGAUUACCAAUGGUCAAUCUAUACAGGUGAAGCAAAAUGGCAAUAAUAUCAUUUUACAUGACUGGUUGGACUUUGACGAGAACAAAAAUUUGGCUAUAUUGCUCAACAGUCAUCCGAGUCCUGGCAUCAUCGAAAGAGAGAGAAGAUUCAUCAGAUUGCUCCCACAGUAUGUGAAAUAUGCAAAGCAUAUCAUCAUACACAUUCUACCAAAAUCUGGGGAGCGAGCAUUGAGAGAUAGUGGGUACACGGAUUUUAAACGGCUUGCUAGGAACGCGAUUAAGAUAAUCGACGAAUGUUAUGGUGUUGGUAGUGUCAAGAUAUGUGUCAAGAACCUCCAAUCUACGUAUCGUUGUUUCAGUCGUGCGGCUUGCUUCUGCGACUUCAAAUCCACCGAAUGGAAGUUUUCCGGAAUCUCGAAAUCGCUUGAGAAGCAAAUCAAAUACCUUUACGACAAAGGGGUUUGCCACAUGAAUAAGUGGACUAUUACUGAAGAGUGUGUGCUAUGA